AUGGCCAUCGUAGCUCCCAAAUCAACACUUCAGGCCGACGAACGAAGUCACGUGACUCAUACAAAUUGCUGCCCCACGUUCAGUUGUGACGAAUCCAAGCUCCAGCAUGCCGAUGGAACUUCUAAACUAGUCGUGGGCAACCUCAAACCUAACAUUAUCCCCGCGUCCCUCGCCUUGAUAGACACAGAAACCAUGGCCGACGUAGACAUGGAAGUCGACCAACCUGUGUCGCCCCCGGCACGCAACGAGUCGGAGAUGCAAACCCACACCAAAGCCACAGCCGUCCGAUCCAUCGAAGGCUGGAUCGUCAUAGUCACAAAUGUUCACGAAGAAGCGGACGAGGAAGCCAUACAAGACAAGUUUGGUGAUUUUGGAGAGAUUAAGAACUUGCAUUUGAACUUGGAUCGGAGAAGCGGUUACGUCAAGGGCUACGCAUUGAUCGAGUACGCUACGCUGGAAGAAGCUCGGGCUGCGAUUGACGGUGCACACGACACAAAAUUACUCGACCAGACUAUCUCCGUGGACUUUGCGUUUGUCAGACCCCCGCCUGGGAAAGGGGGGCGAGGAGGAAGAGCAGGUGGUGCUGGUGGUCGAAGACAACGAAGUCGUAGUAGGAGCCCCGUUGCAAAGGAUGAGUGA